AUGAUUGCAGAGACCGUUCUCCUGGCCGUGGCCCUCUCUGCCGCCGGCCUCCGAGCCCAGAAGUUGAGCGUCGUCGACAUCUACAGCGCAAGCAAUUGCGACCCGGACCCCAACGACCUUAAGACGCAAUCCGCCGAGUUGAGCUUCACCCCCAACAGGGAUGGCAACGGCAACACGUACACCGCCUGCGAACUCGAGUACAUUGGCCUGGGCACCUGGCCGACCAACGACGACGGCAAAUAUCAGGUCUGGGUCGACACCUCGGGCUUCGGUGAGGGGUGCAGCAUGCUAUUCUACAACUUGCUCGGGUCCGACGAGGAGUUCAACGAGUGGCCGUGCCGCCAGCUCUACCGGCAGAUCCAAGCAGACAAGACUGGCUGUGGUGAUUUGGACCUGACCCAGCAAUUCGGGUACGCCAUCUGCAACGACGACAUCAGCUCCUGGCCGCAGCCAGCCAAGCGAGCCAUCGACGACAUCACGCAGGACAAGCGGCAUAUCCCCAGCAGCAGCACCACCACGAAGGAGAAGCGCGACACUCUCGCAGCACCCGUGAAGGACGUCAUCGAGGUCAAGCGCGCGCCCGUCUACCCUAAGCGGGACGACAAGAAGUGCACGCUGAUUCUCGACGGCAAGCCAUUCACCACCUACGGCGACCAGCAGCAGAUCGGGCCCAACGACAAGUGCGAGCUAGCCCAGACCACGUGCGGCCAGGACUACACCUACACGGUAAGCACCGAGGUGGCCGACUCGGCGUCCAACAGCGACUCCACCACGGCAGGCUUCGAGUGGUACGUCACCUUCAGCAACACUCUCGAGAGCGGCUACGAGCACAGCGAAACCAACAGCAAGUCGUUCUCUGUCACACACCACCUGGCGCCCGAGCCGGGCCACGAGGGUUAUCCCACCUUCCAGCCUCUGUUUUCCUGCGCUAAGGCACACCUCAAGGGCGAUUGCUCAGAUGUGAAUUUGAGCAUCUCAGGAGACACGAUCUGUGUUAAUAAGAUGAUUAGCAACGGAGGGACCAACGAGCCUGACGGCGACUUCCUCGAGGUCACCAUCGAUUAG